AACUUCUAUCGCCAGGCCAUGGAAGAAGCCAAGAAAGAAGGCUAUGACUUGAGAAGUGAUGCCAUUCCCAUUGUGGCUGCCAAAGCAUCCCGAGAAAUUGCCAGUGAUUACAAAUACAAAGAAGCCUAUCGUAAGCAGUUGGGUCACCACAUUGGUGCCCGAGCGGUACACGAUGACCCCAAGAUCAUGUGGUCUCUCCACAUUGCCAAAGUGCAGAGUGACCGUGAGUACAAGAAAGAUUUUGAGAAAUACAAGACCCGGUACAGCAGCCCAGUGGACAUGCUUGGAAUUGUUCUGGCCAAGAAAUGUCAGACCCUGGUCAGUGAUGUAGACUAUAAACAUCCUCUGCACGAAUGGACCUGCCUCCCGGACCAGAAUGACAUCAUCCAGGCCCGGAAAGCUUAUGACCUCCAGAGUGAUAAUUUAUAUAAGUCAGACCUUGAAUGGAUGAAAGGCAUUGGCUGGGUUCCAAUUGGUUCCAUGGAAGUGGUUAAAGCCAAGAGGGCCACAGAGAUACUGAGUGAUAAUAUCUACCGUCAGCGUCCGGAGACCCUGAAAUUUACCAGCAUAACUGAUACUCCAGAGCAGGUGCUGGCAAAGAGCAACGCGAUAAACAUGAAUAAGCGCUUAUAUACUGAAGCCUGGGACAAUGAUAAGAAAACAAUCCAUGUCAUGCCGGAUACACCAGAAAUCAUGCUAGCCAAACUCAACCAAAUAAACUAUAGUGAUAAACUCUAUAAACUUGCUUUGGAAGAGUCCAGGAAGGAAGGCUGUGAUUUGCGUUUGGAUGCCAUCCCAAUCCAGGCAGCCAAGGCCUCAAGAGAUAUUGCUAGUGAUUACAAGUACAAGGAAGGCUACCGCAAACAGCUUGGCCACCACAUUGGGGCCCGAAACGUUGAGGAUGACCCUAAGAUAAUGUGGUCCAUCCAUGUGGCCAAGAUCCAGAGUGACAGGGAGUACAAGAAGGACUUUGAGAAGUGGAAGACCAAGUUCAGCAGCCCAGUGGACAUGCUGGGGUUGGUAUUAGCCAAGAAGUGCCAGGUCCUUGUGAGUGACAUAGACUACAAACAUCCCCUACAUGAAUGGAUCUGUCUGCCUGAUCAGAAUGACGUCAUUCAGGCUCGGAAGGCAUAUGACCUUCAGAGUGAUGCUCUUUACAAGGCUGAUCUCGAGUGGCUGAGAGGCAUUGGAUGGGUGCCCAUUGGCUCUGUAGAGGUUGAGAGGGUGAAAAGAGCUGGAGAAAUCCUGAGUGACAGGAAGUACCGCCAGGCUGCAAACCAGCUCAAAUUCACAUGCAUUACAGACACUCCAGAGAUUGUCCUGGCAAAGAAUAAUGCCCUGACGAUGAGCAAACAUUUAUACACAGAAGCUUGGAAUGCUGACAAAGCCUCCAUCCAUGUGAUGCCAGACACCCCAGAAAUCAUACUGGCCAAGAGCAAUUCUGCCAAUAUUAGUCAAAAACUUUACACCAAGGGAUGGGAUGAAUCAAAGAUGAAGGACUAUGAUCUGAGGGCUGAUGCUAUUUCCAUCAAAAGUGCCAAGGCAUCAAGGGACAUUGCCAGUGAUUACAAAUACAAAGAAGCAUACGAGAGACAGAAGGGCCACCACAUUGGAGCCCAGAGCGUUGAAGAUGACCCCAAGAUUAUGUGUGCCAUACAUGCAGGGAAGAUUCAAAGCGAAAGAGAGUACAAGAAGGAAUUCCAAAAGUGGAAGACCAAGUUCUCCAGCCCAGUGGACAUGUUAGGCAUCGUGAUGGCCAAGCAAUGUCAGACUUUGGUCAGUGACAUUGAUUAUCGAAAUUACCUGCAUCACUGGACAUGUUUACCUGAUCAAAACGACAUUAUCCAAGCAAAGAAGGCCUACGAACUACAGAGUGAUAGUGUGUAUAAGUCAGAUCUAGAGUGGCUACGUGGCAUCGGCUGGAUGCCAGAAGGCUCGAUAGAAAUGAAGAGGGUGAAGAAUGCUCAAGACCUGGUGAAUGAAAGACUUUAUAAAACACGGCCAGAAGCCUUGAAAUUCACUUGCAUUGUUGACACUCCAGACGUUGUCCUGGCAAAAGCCAAUUCUCUGCAAAUAAGUGAGAAACUAUAUCAAGAAGCGUGGAAUAAAGAUAAAACCCACAUCACUAUUCCUUCAGACACACCACUCAUGCUGCAGGCUCAAAUUAAUGCCCAGCAAAUCAGCAAUAAUCUUUACCAAAAAGACUGGAAUGAGGCCAAACAGAAAGGCUAUGACUUCAGAGCAGAUGCCAUUGAAAUCAAGCAGGCCAAAGCUUCCAGAGAAAUUGCCAGUGAGUACAAAUACAAAGAAGGUUACCGUAAACAACUGGGCCACCAUGUGGGUUUCCGCACCCUACAAGAUGACCCCAAAUUGGUCUGGUCUAUACAUGCUGCCAAGAUCCAGAGUGACAGAGAAUAUAAGAAAGCUUAUGAGAAGUCUAAAGGAAUUCACAAUACGCCGUUGGAUAUGAUGUCAAUUGUUCAGGCCAAGAAAUGCCAGGUCCUGGUUAGCGAUGUCGAUUAUCGCAAUUAUCUGCACCAGUGGACAUGUUUGCCAGAUCAGAAUGAUGUGAUCCAGGCUAAGAAGGCCUAUGAACUGCAGAGCGAUAACGUGUACAAAUCAGACCUGGAAUGGAUGAAGGGUAUAGGAUGGUUGCCAGAGGGUUCUGUGGAAGUGAUGAGAGUGAAGAAUGCCCAGAAUCUCCUGAAUGAGAGGUUGUAUCGUAUAAGGCCUGAGGCCCUCAAAUUCACCAGCAUUGUUGAUACCCCUGAAGUCAUCCAGGCAAAGAUAAAUGCUGUACAGAUCAGUGAGCCAUUGUAUCGCGAUGCCUGGGAGAGAGAGAAGGCGAAUGUGAAUGUGCCAGCUGACACUCCAGUUAUGCUGCAGUCCAAAAUCAAUGCCAUGCAGAUCAGUGAUAAACAAUAUAAGCAAGCGUGGGAAGAUGUCAAGAUGACGGGUUAUGAUCUUCGAGAAGAUGCCAUCCCAAUUCAGCAUGCCAAAGCUUCCAGGGAUAUCGCCAGUGAUUAUCUAUAUAAAACUACUUACGAGAAACAGAAAGGUCAUUAUAUUGGAUGUCGCACUGCCAAAGAAGACCCUAAACUGGUUUGGGCAGCAAAUGUGUUAAAGAUGCAGAAUGACAGGCUAUACAAAAAGGUCUACAAUGACCACAAGGCCAAGAUCACCAUCCCACCGGACAUGGUGUCCAUCAGUGCUGCCAAAGAAGGCCAGGCGAUAGCAAGUGAUGUGGAUUACCGCCAGUACCUGCACCACUGGUCUUGCUUUCCCGACCAGAAUGAUGUGAUCCAAGCCAGGAAAGCCUACGACCUGCAGAGUGAUGCCAUCUACAAGGCUGACUUGGAGUGGCUACGUGGCAUCGGCUGGAUGCCCGAAGGGUCUCCCGAAGUGUUGAGAGUCAAAAAUGCCCAGGAGAUCCUACGAGACAGUGUGUAUCGGACACCUGUGGUGAAACUCAAGUAUACAAGUAUUGUUGACACACCCGAAGUUGUCCUUGCUAAGUCUAAUGCUGAAAAUAUUAGUAUUCCAAAGUACAGAGAAGUUUGGGACAAGGAUAAAACUUCAGUCCACAUAAUGCCGGAUACUCCAGAAAUUAAUCUUGCUAGAGCCAAUGCUCUUAAUGUGAGCAAUAAAAUCUACCGCGAAGGUUGGGAUGAAAUGAAGAUGAGCUGCGAUGUGCGGCUGGAUGCCAUCCCCAUCCAGGCUGCCAAGGCCUCCAGGGAGAUUGCCAGUGACUACAAAUACAAGCUUGACCAUGAGAAGCAGAAGGGACACUACGUGGGUACCCUCACAGCCAGGGAUGACAACAAGAUCCGGUGGGCCCUUAUAGCUGGCAAGAUUCAGAAUGAGAGAGAGUACCGGCUGCACUGGGCCAAAUGGAAGACCAAGUUCCAAAGCCCUGCAGAUAUGCUUUCCAUCACGCACUCUAAACAUUGCCAGACUCUGGUCAGCGACAUUGAUUAUCGCAAUUACCUCCACCAAUGGACAUGCAUGCCUGACCAGAAUGAUGUGAUUCAGGCCAAGAAAGCCUACCAACUGCAAAGCGAUGCUGUCUACAAGGCUGAUUUGGAAUGGUUACGUGGGAUCGGGUGGAUGCCGACUGAUUCCGUUUCUGUCAAUCACGCCAAACAUGCUGCAGAUAUCUUCAGUGAGAAAAAAUAUCGCACAAAAAUAGAAACUCUCAACUUUACUCCUGUGGAUGACAGAGUUGAUUAUGUGACUGCAAAACAAAGUGGUGAGAUCCUAAAUGAUAUUAAAUACCGGAAAGAUUGGAAUGAUACCAAAUCUAAGUACACCCUCACAGAAACCCCCUUGCUGCACACUGCCCAGGAAGCAGCCCGGAUACUGGACCAGUAUCUCUACAAGGAAGGCUGGGAGAAGCAGAAAGCUACAGGUUACAUUUUGCCUCCGGAUGCGGUGCCUUUUGUCCAUGCCCAUCACUCUAGUGAUGUUCAGAGCGAGCUGAAAUACAAAGCUGAACAUGUAAAGCAAAGAGGUCAUUAUGUUGGUGUUCCGACAAUGAGAGAUGAUCCUAAACUGGUUUGGUUUGAGCAUGCAGGCCAGAUUCAGAAUGACAGACUAUACAAAGAAGACUAUCAUAAAACAAAGGCCAAAAUAAACAUACCUGCUGAUAUGGUGUCCGUGUUGGCCGCCAAGCAUGGGCAGGAACUUGUCAGUGAUAUUGAUUACCGUAAUUACCUGCACCAAUGGAUAUGUCAUCCUGAUCAAAAUGAUGUUAUCCAGGCAAGGAAGGCCUAUGACCUUCAGAGCGAUAAUGUCUACAAAGCUGACCUGGAGUGGCUCCGUGGCAUUGGCUGGAUCCCCCUGGAUUCUGUGGACUAUGUGAGGGUUACUAAGAACCAGGAAAUGGUGAAUCAGAUAAAAUAUAAGAAGGAUGCUCUUGACAACUAUCCUAACUUUACAAGCGUGGAGGAUCCUCCAGCGGUUGUUUUGGCUAAGAUUAACUCAGUCAAUCAAAGUGAUAUAAAAUAUAAAGAAACAUUUAAUAAAGAAAUAAAGGGCAAGUAUACAUUUUCUCCAGAUACGCCACAUAUCACCCACUCCAAAGACAUGGGAAAACUCUAUAGUACCAUACUGUAUAAAGGGGCAUGGGAAGGAACCAAGGCCUAUGGCUAUACCUUGGAUGAACGCUAUAUUCCCAUUGUUGGAGCUAAGCAUGCUGACUACGUGAACAGUGAGCUUAAAUACAAAGAGACCUAUGAGAAGCUGAAGGGUCACUAUCUGGCUGGGAAAGAAAUCAGUGAGUUCCCUGGUGUGGUUCACUGUCUGGAUUUCCAAAAGAUGAGGAGUGCGUUGAACUACAGAAGACAUUAUGAGGACACCAAAGCCAAUGUUCAUAUCCCCAAUGAUAUGAUGAAUCACGUGCUGGCUAAACGAUGCCAGUACAUCCUCAGUGACCUGGAGUACCGACACUACUUCCACCAAUGGACAUCUCUUCCAGAGGAACCCAACAUUAUACGGGCCCGAAAUGCACAAGAGAUCUUGAGUGAUAAUGUGUAUAAGGAUGACUUGAAUUGGCUGAAAGGCAUUGGAUGCUAUGUUUGGGAUACGCCUCAGAUCCUCCAUGCCAAGAAAGCCUAUGAUCUCCAGAGUCAGCUACUAUACACGGCAGCAGGUAAAGAAAAUCUACAAAAUUACAACCUGGUCACAGAUACACCACUUUACGUGACUGCUCUUCAAAGUGGCAUUAAUGCCAGUGAGGUGAAAUAUAAAGAAAAUUAUCAUCAGAUUAAGGACAAAUAUACGACAGUCCUAGAAACAGUGGAUUAUGACAGAACCAAGAAUCUGAAGAGUCUUUAUAGCAGUAGCCUAUACAAGGAGGCCUGGGAUAGAGUGAAAGCCACCAGCUAUAUCCUGCCUACCAACACUUUGUCCCUGACACAUGCCAAGAACCAGAAGCAUCUGGCCAGCAAUAUCAAAUAUCGAGAAGAAUAUGAAAAGUUCAAAGCUCUUUAUACUUUACCGAGAAGCGUCGAAGAUGAUCCAAACACAGCACGGUGUCUCAGAGUCGGCAAGUUUAACAUCGAUCGUCUAUACAAAUCAGUUUAUGAAAAGAACAAGAUGAAAAUCCACAUCGUGCCUGACAUGGUGGAGAUGGUUACUGCUAAGGACUCUCAGAAGAAAGUCAGUGAGAUUGAUUACCGCCUACACCUCCAUGAAUGGAUUUGCCACCCUGACUUGCAAGUCAACAGCCACGUCAGGAAAGUCACAGAUCAGAUCAGCGAUAUUGUAUACAAAGAUGACCUCAACUGGCUAAAAGGCAUUGGUUGCUACGUCUGGGACACUCCUGAAAUUCUUCAUGCCAAACAUGCUUAUGAUCUACGUAACGAUAUCAAGUACAAAGCUCACGUGAAGAAGACGAGAAAUGACUACAAGUUGGUCACUGACACUCCAGUCUAUGUGCAGGCUGUCAAAAGUGGGAAACAACUAAGUGAUGCUGUUUACCACCAUGACUAUGUGCACAGUGUCAGAGGCAAAGUGGCUCCAACUACGAAAACUGUGGAUCUGGAUCGGGCCCUUCAUGCACACAAGCUCCAGAGUGAGAGUCUGUACCGUGGAGCUGGCCGGCGCUCCCUGCCUACCGGAUACAGGCUUCCGGUGGACACCACUCACUUCAAACACAUCAAGGAUACCCGAUACAUGAGCAGUUAUUUCAAGUACAAAGAAGUUUAUGAACACAUCAAGGCAAAUGGAUAUACACUUGGCCCUAACGACGUUCCAUUUGUCCAUGUCCGGAGGGUCAACAAUGUUACCAGUGAGAGAUUGUAUCGACAUUUAUACCAUAAACUGAAAGACAAGAUUCAUACAACUCCUGACACACCGGAGAUCCGCCAAGUCAAGAAGACACAAGAGGCUGUUAGUGAGCUUAUCUACAAGUCAGACUUCUUCAGGAUGCAAGGCCACAUGAUCUCCCUGCCAUACACACCCCAAGUGAUCCAUUGCCGCUACGUGGGAGACAUCACCAGUGAUAUUAAAUAUAAAGAGGACUUGCAGAUCCUCAGGGGACUGGGCUGCUUCCUGUAUGACACUCCCGACAUGGUCCGCUCCAGGCACCUGCGCAAGCUCUGGUCUAAUUACCUGUACACUGAUAAGGCAAGGAAGAUGCGAGACAAGUACAAAGUGGUGCUUGACACUCCAGAAUACAGAAAAGUACAGGAACUGAAGACACAUCUGAGUGAGCUGGUGUACAGAGCUGCAGGCAAAAAGCAGAAGUCUAUCUUCACCUCAGUUCCUGAUACGCCUGAUCUUUUAAGAGCGAAGCGGGGGCAGAAGCUUCAGAGUCAGUAUCUAUAUGUUGAACUUGCCACCAAAGAAAGACCGCAUCAUCACGCUGGAAACCAGACCAAAGCCUUGAAGCACACUAAAGACGUAAAGGACAUGGUCAGUGAGAAAAAGUACAAAAUUCAAUAUGAAAAGAUGAAGGACAAGUACACCCCUGUUCCAGAUACGCCAAUCCUCAUCAGAGCCAAGAAGGCCUAUUGGAAUGCCAGUGAUCUACGCUACAAAGAAACAUUUCAAAAGACCAAAGGAAGAUACCACACUGUGAAGGAUGCUCUGGACAUUGUGUAUCAUCGCAAAGUCACAGAUGACAUUAGUAAAGUGAAAUACAAGGAGAACUACAUGAGUCAGUUGGGGAUCUGGAUGUCCAUUCCUGAUCGCCCAGAGCAUUUCCACCAUCGGGCAGUUACUGAUGCAGUCAGUGAUGUAAAAUAUAAAGAAGAUCUGACCUGGCUUAAGGGCAUUGGUUGCUAUGCCUAUGAUACCCCUGACUUCACUCUGGCUGAAAAGAACAAAACUCUCUACAGCAAGUAUAAGUAUAAAGAAGUGUUUGAAAGGACAAAGUCAAAUUUCAAGUAUGUCGCAGAUUGUCCAAUCAAUAAGCAUUUCAAGUACGCAACUCAGUUGAUGAAUGAGAAAAAAUACAGAGCUGAUUAUGAGCAGCGGAAAGAUAAAUACCACCUGGUAGUCGAUGAGCCUAGACAUCUUCUGGCUAAGAUCGCAGGCGACCAGAUAAGUCAGAGAAAAUAUAAAUCUAGUGCCAAGAUGCUUCUGAAACAAGGAUGUAAUGAAAUUCUGCGUCCAGAUAUGUUGACUGCCCUCUACAACACACACAUGUGGAGCCAGAUCAAGUACAGGAAAAACUAUGAAAAAUCAAAGGACAAAUUUACCUCAAUUGUGGAUACUCCCGAACACCUCCGUACUACCAAAGUCAACAAACAAAUUAGUGAUAUACUUUAUAAAUUGGAAUACAACAAGGCCAAACCCAGAGGCUACACCACAAUCCAUGACACACCCAUGUUGCUGCAUGUCCGGAAAGUCAAAGAUGAAGUCAGUGAUCUGAAAUACAAAGAAGUUUACCAAAGAAAUAAAUCCAACUGCACCAUUGUGCCAGAUGCUGUUCAUAUCAAAGCAGCCAAGGAUGCCUACAAGGUCAACACCAAUCUGGACUACAAGAAACUGUAUGAGGCCAACAAAGCCCACUGGAGGUGGACCCCCGACCGACCAGAUUUCCUCCAGGCGGCAAAGUCAUCCCUGCAGCAGAGCGAUUUUGAAUAUAAGCUGGACCGAGAGUUCCUCAGGGGUUGCAAGCUCUCUGUCACUGAUGAUAAAGACACGGUCCUGGCCCUGAGGAAUUCUUUAAUAGAAAGUGACCUGAAAUACAAAGAGAAACAUGUCAAGGAAAGAGGAACCUGCCAUGCUGUGCCUGACACUCCUCAGAUCCUCCUGGCAAAGAUCGUCAGCAAUCUGGUGUCUGAGAACAAGUACAAGGACCAUGUCAAGAAGCACUUGGCCCAGGGCUCGUACACAACACUGCCAGAAACCAGGGACACUAUUCAUGUCAAGGAAGUGACCAAGCAUGUCAGUGAUACAAAUUACAAAAAGAAGUUUGUCAAGGAGAAAGGGAAAUCCAACUACUCCAUCAUGCUGGAGCCACCAGAGGUGAAACAUGCUAUGGAAGUGGCCAAGAAGCAGAGUAAUGUUGCUUACAAAAAAGAUGCCAAAGAAAACCUGCAUUACACCACAGUGGCCGAUCGGCCAGAUAUCAAGAAAGCCACGCAGGCAGCCAAACAGGCCAGCGAGGUGGAGUACAGAGCCAAGCACCGCAAGGAAGGCAGCCACGGGUUAAGCAUGCUUGGUCGCCCAGACAUUGAAAUGGCCAAGAAGGCAGCCAAGCUGAGCAGCCAGGUUAAAUACCGAGAAAAUUUCAACAAAGAGAAGGGCAAAACACCAAAAUACAAUCCAAAAGACAGCCAGCUCUACAAAGUCAUGAAAGAUGCUAACAAUCUCGCAAGUGAGGUUAAAUAUAAGGCUGACCUGAAGAAACUUCACAAACCUGUGACUGAUAUGAAGGAAUCUCUGAUAAUGAAUCACGUCCUGAAUACAAGCCAGCUUGCCAGUUCUUACCAGUACAAGAAGAAUUACGAGAAGAGUAAAGGCCACUACCACACGAUACCGGAUAAUCUGGAGCAGCUCCAUCUAAAGGAGGCCACAGAAUUACAGAGUAUAGUGAAAUACAAAGAAAAGUAUGAAAAGGAACGAGGAAAGCCCAUGUUGGAUUUCGAAACCCCAACGUACAUCACUGCCAAAGAGUCUCAGCAGAUGCAAAGUGGGAAAGAAUAUAGGAGGGAUUAUGAAGAGUCCAUUAAAGGCAGAAACCUGACGGGCCUGGAGGUCACGCCAGCUUUAUUACAUGUCAAAUACGCAACCAAAAUAGCCAGCGAGAAAGAAUACAGGAAAGAUCUAGAGGAAAGCAUCCGUGGGAAGGGCCUCAGUGAAAUGGAAGACACACCUGACAUGCUAAGAGCAAAGAACGCCACUCAAAUCCUCAAUGAGAAAGAAUAUAAGAGAGACUUGGAGCUGGAAAUCAAAGGAAGAGGCCUAAAUGCCAUGGCCAAUGAAACUCCUGACUUCAUGAGGGCCAGGAAUGCUACUGAUAUUGCCAGUCAGAUUAAGUAUAAGCAAUCAGCAGAAAUGGAAAAAGCCAAUUUCACUUCUGUGGUUGAUACUCCGGAGAUCAUUCAUGCCCAGCAAGUCAAGAACCUUUCAAGCCAGAAAAAGUACAAGGAAGACGCAGAGAAGUGCAUGUCCUAUUAUGAGACUGUUUUGGACACCCCCGAGAUGCAGAGAGUCCGGGAGAACCAAAAGAACUUCAGCCUUCUCCAAUACCAGUGUGACCUUAAAAACAGUAAAGGAAAAAUUACAGUUGUUCAAGACACGCCAGAAAUACUGCGUGUUAAAGAAAAUCAAAAGAAUUUCAGCUCGGUUUUAUACAAAGAGGAUGUCUCUCCUGGUACGGCAGUCGGAAAGACCCCCGAGAUGAUGAGAGUGAAGCAAACACAGGACCACAUUAGCUCGGUGAAGUAUAAGGAAGCCAUUGGACAAGGAACGCCAGUCCCUGACCUGCCUGAAGUAAAACGUGUCAAGGAGACACAGAAGCACAUUAGCUCGGUUAUGUACAAAGAAAACUUGGGAACAGGCAUUCCAACCCCCGUCACUCCAGAGAUUGAGAGAGUGAAACGCAAUCAAGAGAACUUUAGCUCGGUUUUGUACAAAGAAAAUUUGGGGAAAGGAACCCCAACACCUAUCACUCCAGAGAUGGAGAGAGUCAAACGCAAUCAAGAGAACUUUAGCUCGAUUUUGUACAAAGAGAACUUGAGCAAGGGGACCCCCCUUCCUGUCACUCCUGAGAUGGAGCGAGUCAAACGCAAUCAAGAAAACUUUAGCUCGGUGUUGUAUAAAGAAAACCUCGGGAAAGGGAUCCCAAUUCCCAUCACUCCAGAGAUGGAGCGAGUCAAACACAAUCAAGAAAACUUUAGUUCGGUGCUAUACAAGGAAAACCUGGGGACAGGAAUUCCAGUCUCCAUCACUCCUGAGAUGCAGAGAGUCAAACACAAUCAAGAAAACAUUAGCUCGGUGUUGUACAAAGAAAAUAUGGGCAAGGGAACCCCUAUACCUGUCACUCCAGAGAUGGAGAGAGUCAAAUACAAUCAAGAAAACAUUAGCUCGGUGUUGUACAAAGAAAAUAUGGGCAAGGGAACCCCUAUACCUGUCACUCCAGAGAUGGAGAGAGUCAAAUACAAUCAAGAAAACAUUAGCUCGGUUUUGUACAAAGAAAAUGUGGGGAAAGCCACCCCAACCCCUGUCACGCCAGAGAUGCAGAGAGUCAAACGCAAUCAAGAAAACAUUAGCUCGGUGUUAUACAAAGAGAACCUGGGGAAAGCAACCCCUACACCCUUUACUCCUGAGAUGGAAAGAGUCAAACGCAAUCAAGAAAACUUUAGCUCGGUAUUAUACAAAGAGAAUAUGAGAAAAGCAACUCCGACCCCUGUUACUCCAGAGAUGGAGCGAGCUAAGCGCAACCAAGAAAACAUUAGCUCGGUUCUUUAUUCAGAUAGCUUCCGGAAACAAAUACAAGGCAAAGCUGCCUAUGUCUUGGACACUCCAGAGAUGAGACGGGUGCGGGAGACCCAACGUCACAUCUCGACGGUGAAAUAUCAUGAAGACUUUGAGAAACACAAGGGCUGCUUCACACCAGUGGUGACAGACCCUAUCACUGAACGAGUGAAGAAGAACACACAGGACUUCAGUGACAUUAGCUACCGAGGUAUUCAGAGAAAAGUUGUAGAAAUGGAACAAAAACGGAAUGACCAGGAUCAAGAGACUAUUACAGGUUUACGUGUCUGGCGUACUAAUCCUGGCUCAGUUUUUGACUAUGAUCCAGCAGAAGACAACAUUCAAUCACGAAGCUUACACAUGAUUAAUGCGCAAGCGCAGCAGCGCCGCAGCAGGGAGCAGUCCCGGUCCGCCAGCGCGCUGAGCAUCAGCGGUGGUGAGGACAAGUCCGAGCACUCAGAAGUGGCCGACCAGCGCCUCUCCACCUACAGCGACGGUGGCGUCUUCUUCUCUGCAACCUCCACAGCUUACAAACAUGCAAAAACCACGGAACUCCCACAACAGCGUUCCUCUUCAGUUGCCACCCAACAGACAACGGUAUCCUCUAUUCCAUCUCACCCAUCGACCGCCGGGAAAAUCUUCCGCGCCAUGUAUGACUAUAUGGCUGCUGAUGCAGAUGAGGUGUCCUUCAGAGACGGAGAUGCUAUUGUAAAUGUUCAAGCAAUUGAUGAAGGCUGGAUGUAUGGCACUGUGCAGAGGACCGGCAGGACCGGCAUGCUGCCAGCCAACUACGUGGAGGCUAUUUAAGCAUUUCAGAGUAUUGCACCUGUCUAGGGGACCUGCAGAUCCUCUAGCCAGAAUUUCUGUUCAGAUACUCCACUGUUACUCAAGCUGCCCAAUGAUCGUUUAGUGUCAAAAUGACUAAGUUCUACCAUCACUUAAUUUGUUUCUAUAUGAGCUUCAGGAAUUCUUCAAGUAAAAUAAUUUCUGGACUUGGAUGUAAAACUUAAGAGAUAACAUUAAACCCAUAGGUUCAUUAUUUUUAAAACUGUCAUUAGCAAAUUUUCCAUAGUGUUUUUAAAUAAGCUUAAUUAUAGAAU